GAUUAUCGCAACAAUGACAACAUGGCUGUAUGCAGGGCUGUUAUAGACGGGCAUGGUGGUCGCGAUGGUCGCAGUGGCACCAUGUCCACGUCGGAUGGGGUCGUGGCGGAAGGUACGGAACGUUUUGGGGUCCGAGCUUGGUCGGUUGCUCCUUCUACCUGGGCGCCGGAACCCUGGGAUAAACAAACAUUGGACGAGAAGCUCAAGCUCAACGACGCCGCUACAUCCGCCGCCGGCAGCCGACCACGACGGCUGCGACGACCAUGGACUCGUACAAUCUCAAAACCGCAUCGACUUACAUCAACAACCUACUGCUUGCCCGGGGCUUGUUGCGCAAUGGCAAGCCGAUUGAGUUUGCGCAUCCAUCGAGGGGAGAAGGGGGGAAAGAGGCCACCAUGGCCCAGAUUAUCAACCUGGUGCACGACUUGAUACUGAAGCGCGACCGCGACCAAGAAUACCGCGAAUCCAUCGCCGACACGUUGCGAAACUUGCGCUCAGAAUCGACGCGCCAGACGGCCGCCCUCGAGAAGCAGCACAACCGCAAUGCAGACCUAUCGAGGCAGCUCUCGCUCGCCCAGGCGCAGGAGCAAUCCGCGCGCAAAGCCCUGCACACUGCCGAAUCGUCGGCGCGAAAGUUGCGCGCAGAGAUGCAGCGACUCAAGACGACCGUCGACCAAAUACGCACCAGCUGCACCAAUGACGUACGAAAGCGCGACAAGGAGAUCGCAAGGCUUAAGAGCCACUUGACGAGCCAGCAGCGGGGCAACAAGACGGGCUUGGUAGGCGCCAGCAUCACCAUUAAUCCCGGGAGUACAGGCUUGAGCGCUGCCACAGGCCAUGUGCGCGAAGAGACACCCAAUGUAGACGAUCCCGAAUAUAGCCUGAAGCAGGAGACGACCGAGUUCCUGACACACUUGAGUCAGAGCCUGAGCGACGAGAAUGACAACCUCAUCGGACUCGUGCGAAGCACUCUGUUGACACUGAGGGAGCUACAAGGCAUGCCGGAAGUCAGUUGCAAACAAGACACAGAAGAGAGUUCGGUCGUAGGCGAUGACGAAGACGAUGCGCGACAGGACAUGCUGCACGCGCUACCCACCGAUUACGAGACAUUGGCCGAUGACAUGGACACAGUGCUGGACAACCUGAAGAACCUCCUCACAAACCCCAACUUUGUGGCAGUGGACGAAGUCGAGAUGCGUGAAGAGGAGAUACACAGGCUACGAGCAGGCUGGGAGAAGAUGGAGGCCCGACUACGAGAAUCAUUUAUACUCAUGGACUCCUGGCGAAAGCGCAUGACCAACGGCGACACCAUCAACCUCGAUGAACUCAGAAUGGGAUUGGGGUUCGGUGAAGGAUUCGAGAUGGUCGACAGAGAAGGCUUCUCUACAAUUCAGGAAGAGAGUGAGGCCGACGAUGCCGCAAGUUCAGCCUUGGAAGAAGAUGUGGAUGAUACCGAGGAGCGGGAAGAGGAAGAUCAACUUCCCUCACCUGCACCGCACGAACAACCAGACAAAACAACUGGGCCUGACAUAUUCAGGAUUAAGCUGCAACCUAGUCAGACAGCGCUUAGAGAGAGCAACGGUAACAAGCCACCCAUCCGGUCGCCUCGCAAGGUAGCCUUUUCAGCUUCCAUUCCGAACACACCGUCGCAACUUGACGAGGAAAAUGCAGGCGCGUCUGAGAUAGAUCUAGUGGAAGUGGAGAAGACUAGUCGUCCGACCUCUGCAGCCAAACAACCAAGAUCUGAAGAACGAGCAUCUAGACGAACGAGUCAAGACAGACCACGCCAUGUACGUUAUGAUCCCCCCACAAACCAGGUCAGAAAGGUGGACAGCAAAGUGGUCCUCUCAUUCCCAUCAACUUCCUCCCUUGUAAUGGGCACACCUCCAAUAUUAACCCCCGUCGUUCCAUAAAUCUAACAACUUGCGACAGAAUAAAAAGCGCCUGUCGAGCCCACAUGCGCACCCCGACGAGCGAUCGCCGAAGCUAUCGGUCCAAGACAAAUUACGAGAGGCCGCGGAAGCAGCCGCUGUAACCGACGGAGACAUCUCCACCAAGAAGACGGACGAGAGCACCGAAGUGCCCGAAGAAAACCCUAAGAAGCGGGCACCCAGGUCUCCAGUCAAGACGCGAGUCGGUGGAAGGCCAAAGAGGAGGAAGAGCACACUGACGCCAGAAGAAUUGGCAAACCUCCUGGGCUGCUAGACCGGGUCGAAGCAUACAUUGUACUGAUAAUGGCAACAUUAAGUUGGACUUGAUGAUUCCUUAUGGCUGCAUCAGCGUCUAGUCAUGCAAGAUCGUACGAUCAAGCCG